AUGACGUCUAGCAACAUCGACCAUCUUGGCAUCACUGCCCCGGAUGAGCAUUUUGAGCCUCUUGUCGAGUGGUAUAAGAAGGCUUUCUCUCCACUGGGUUACAAGGAAAUCAUGAGGUUCCCAGGUAUGGUCGGACUGGGAAGCGAGAUUCCUGAUUUCUGGAUUACCCAGAAGGAUACGCAUAUUCCUUCGGGUUUCCAUUUUGCCUUGACUGCUCCGAACCGGGCUGCUGUCGACGCGUUUCACACGGCUGCUAUCGACGCUGGGGGCACAUGCAAUGGCAAGCCUGGGUUGAGACCAGAGUAUCAUGAGAACUACUACGGGGCAUUCGUUUUGGAUCCAAUUGGAAAUAAUGUGGAGCUGGUUACCCAUUCUCCCGAAAGCCAGAAGAAGUAA